AUGGGUAACCUACUCGCAAGAGCCUUCGCAGCGCUUAUAAACAAGAGGGACAUGCGCAUUCUUAUGGUUGGGUUGGACGCAGCAGGCAAGACGACCAUUCUCUACAAGCUCAAGCUCGGCGAAAACGUCACCACCAUUCCCACCAUCGGCUUCAACGUGGAGACAGUGGAGUAUAAGAACAUCAGCUUCACUGUGUGGGACGUGGGGGGCCAGGACAGGCACACCAACGGGCUCAUCUUUGUGGUGGAUAGCAAUGAUAAGGACCGAGUGGCAGAGGCACGAGACGAGCUGCACGCUAUGCUCAGUGAGGACGCACUGAGGGAUGCAGCACUACUGGUGUUUGCCAACAAGCAGGACCUUCCCAAGGCGAUGAGCGCAGCUGAAAUCACCGACAGCCUCUCACUUCACACACUCAGGAGCCGGAACUGGUACAUUCAGAGCACCUGUGCCACAUCAGGGGAAGGGCUGUAUGAGGGACUUGACUGGCUCGCCAAGAACAUCACACUCAAGGUGAUGUAG